AUGAUUUUAGAAACAUUUUUCCUUCAUUAUGGUGAUUUGACGGACAGUUCAAAUCUAUCUAGGCUCAUGUCGGAGGUAAAACCAGAUGAAGUUUACAACUUGGCUGCCCAGUCUCAUGUGCAGGUAUCGUUUGAGCUGGGUGAAUACACGGGAGAUGUAGUAGCUCUUGGAACAACAAGAUUGCUAGAGGCUAUCCGCUCAAGCGGAAUUGAAAAAACUGUCCGAUUUUAUCAGGCCUCAACCAGUGAACUUUAUGGAAAGGUCCAGGAAACACCACAGAAGGAGACGACUCCAUUCUAUCCACGCUCUCCAUAUGGUUGUGCAAAACUCUACGCUUACUGGAUUGUUGUAAACUAUCGUGAAGCCUAUGGGAUGUAUGCAUGCAAUGGAAUCCUAUUUAAUCACGAAAGUCCACGCCGGGGCGAAACGUUCGUUACCCGUAAAAUAACCAGAGCAGUGGCGCGUAUAAAACACGGCAUGCAGGAGUUAAUUGAGCUGGGCAACCUAAAUGCCAAACGCGACUGGGGUUACGCCGAAGACUACGUCUACGCAAUGUGGCUCAUGCUACAACAAAAGGAACCAGUUGAUUAUGUCAUUUCAUCUGGAGAGACUCACACAGUGCGCGAGUUUGUUGAAAAGUCGUUUGCGCAUAUUGGCAAAAUAAUAGUUUGGGAAGGCCAGGGAUUGGAUGAAGUGGGCAAGGAAAAAGACACCGGAAUCGUACGUGUCCGAGUUAAUCCACACUAUUUCAGACCUACAGAAGUGGUAAGUCUAUUUAAUCCUCCUUACACAAUGUUGUGUAUUGUUCGAUUGAAACGUCCACCCACCUGA